AUCUGGAGAACCGGGCGCUCUUCACCCGCAAUGGAGUCGGCGGCACCAGAAGUGGCGAGGGAGAACCCGGACGGGGCGGAGCAGCAGGGGAGCGGAACAUUAAGAUACCGGGGAGGCUCCAGGUCGCCCCUGGAUUGCGAGGGUGUUCCGCCUGAGCGGCCUUUCCUGGUGUGGCAGGGGCAACCGGCCGCCCGGGAAAUGCUACUGGGCCUGCAGUACCUAUGUAGGCCAGGCUCUGGCCCUGGAAAGGAAGAAGACUUUGCCAAGACCAACCUUCUUGCACUCUCCAAAGCCUUCGAGUGCCGGAAGUGUGGGCUGACCGCAGCCUGCCUCCCCGACCUCAUUCACCACCAAAGCAGCCACGCAGGUGACAAGCCUUACAGUUGUCCGGAGUGUGGCAAAAGCUUCCGACGUGGCUCAGAUCUGGUUAAGCACCACCGGGUACACACUGGUGAAAAGCCGUACCCCUGCCCCGAGUGUGGCCGUUGCUUCAGCCUUAGCUCCAACCUUAUCCAGCACCGUCGUUCCCACGCAGGCCUCCGGCCCCACAAGUGCCCGGAGUGUGGGGAGGCUUUUGGCCGCAGCUCAGACCUGGUAAAACACAAACGGGUGCACACAGGUGAGAAGCCCUACACCUGUGCCGAAUGUGGUAAGACUUUUAGCGUUAGCUCCAACCUGAUCCAACACCAGCGCACGCACACGGGGGAGAAGCCUUACCGCUGUGGGGACUGCGGUAAGAGCUUCAGCCUUAGCUCCAACCUGUUGCAGCACCAGCGCUCACACACUGGUGAGAAGCCCUACCUGUGUGCCUGGUGCGGUGACAGCUUUGGGCGCAGCUCCUAUCUGCUCAAGCACCAGCGUUCACACACUGGUGAGAAGCCCUACAAUUGCUGUGAGUGUGGCAAGAAUUUCACCAACAGCUCGGACUGCCUACGGCACCAGCGCACCCACAAUGGAGAGCGGCCCUUCAGGUGUCCUGAAUGCGGCUGUGGCUUUAGUGAACUCACUCAGUUCACUGAGCACCAGCGCAUCCACCAGGGUGAACGGCCCUAUGCCUGUUCAGAAUGUGGCAAAAGCUUCUACCACAGCUCCAAGCUCCUUAAACACCAACGCUUGCACACAGGUGAGAAGCCCUACAAGUGCUCUGAUUGUAGCAAGAGUUUUGUGGACAGUUCAAAUCUGCUGCGGCACCAGCACACUCACACAGGCCAGAAGCCUUAUGCUUGCAGUGAGUGUGGCAAGAGCUUCAGCCAGAGCUCCCACCUGCUGGUCCACCAGGUGGCCCACAGUGGUGAGAAGCCCUACAUCUGCUUGCAGUGUGGCAGGGCCUUUGCCAGAAGUUCCAACCUGGGCCAGCACCGGUGGACACACCAGGGUGGCAGCCUCUGCAAAUACCCCAGGCUUCAGUUUUAG